CGGGCGCAGGGGAAUGACGAGGGAGGGGCUGGGAAUUUGAGGCAGGAGGAGGAGGAAGGAGGGAACUGCGGAGAGACCGGGACGCUCGGACCGGGAAGGAGGGCAGUCCUGGGGAAGAGGGCGAGGGCUGGCUCCUGGGCCGGGGAUAAUAAUGAUAAUAAUAAUGAUGAUGAUGAUGAUGAUGGUAUUUGUUAAGGGAUGGAGCCCGGGGGAAGGAACCGGAGAGGAGGGCCAGGAGCUGGAGGAGCUGGGAUGGGCAACGGUCCUGCAAGGUCCGUCGGAGUUGCCUUCCAUGGCGGACAAGCUGGCGGAGUGGAGCCCCGUGGUCUCCAACGUCCUCCUCUGUGCGGUUUCCCUGAGCUCUGCUAUUCAGACUGCCCAGGUGAACCGUGGGGUGGCUGCCGGCUUCCUGCUCCAGGCGCUGGCCGCCGGGCUGGUGGCCGCGUCGACGCUCUCCCCGGGGCUCUGGCCGGAUGUCGAUCCACAGGCGGGCGCUUGGGUGGCCACGGUCAUCGGCUUCCCCCUCCUGGCCUUCGGCUUCCACUGGGUCAACGGAGACCGUUCCACCGCCAACCUGCUGCUCGGGGGCGGGAUGGUGCUGGCGGCCAGCGGGGACCACUUCAGCCCCGAGAGUCGGGCCGUAGUGGCCCAAUCCGUGGCGCUGGUGGCCUCCGUCACCAUCCUGAUCGUGUCCGUCUUCACCGCUAACGCCUACGGGGUGGUCGGCAGCGUGGCCAUGGGAGCGUCUGGCCUGAUGGCCCGGCUGGAGGGAGGACGCCUGCUGGGGAUCAGGAAGGAGAAUGUGAUUUGCUGGGUACUGGCCCUGGGCAGCUGGGCGUACCGCUGGGCUCUGCAGAUGCAGCACCAGGAGCUGGACUGAGCGGGGACCGGCCGGUGGCCAGGACGCCCGGCUCGCCCCUCGUGGCUGCCCUGCGGUCGGACGGACACCUGGGGCCCUUCGGAGAAACCGCCGUGGGGCGGGAUCGGGUCAGGCGGAGCCCGGGCCAAAAGGGAGGCGGUUGGGCAAGUGUCCGGCACAUAAGGCCUUGGGGAACAGUCGAGGCUGCCCUCUUCCGCAGAGGCACGUGGCCGCCUCUCUGGGACCUGGAAGCCUUGGCUCAAUCCAGGUGGAAGAGCUCCCUCGGAAACCGGAAUGCUGGCUGGGAUUCGGACUGUCUCGGGGGGCGGAGAGGUGGACUGAGAAAAUCGCGGCGUGGCACCUCAUUUGCAAUUCCCAGCUGGAUCGGGGCUGCCAAGCGGUCGCCCACCAGGGAGGGAGUUCUGUCCGGGCCCAUUCUUCCUUUGUCCUUUCCCUUUCAGUCGAUUCAGCGGGAACUCCCCCAAUCCCCGUCUCCUUCCACCAGAGGACCUGUAAACUGGGUCAGGGACCUCUGUGGGGAGAGGGACAGGGCCUUCCCUUAAGGCACGGCCUCGGGGGCUACCGUGAGACCCCCCCCCCCCCCAUCGCCUUUUUCUCUCCUUCCCGCUGUUGCUCUGAGCCGAGGAUCUCUCCCCAGGAAGAGCGGGGAGUGGCUGUAGGCAGCUGGGCCUCAGCUUCACUCCGGGGAGGCAGAGCCUAGCUCCCCUCCACCUCCCUCCCGUCCAUCCCGAGUGCGCUUUCUGGGGGUGACCGCGUUUCCUGGCUCCCUUCGGCCUCCGCUUGGCCCUGCCCAGCCUCUGCCUCCCUCCUGAAUUCAGUUCCCAGACCGGAUGAUCAGGUUUGUCCUCUUCCCCGCUCCCUGCCCCGAGAGGACUCUGGAGGAGGACUCUGAGAGAGGCCCUGCGUCAUCACCGUGACCUUGUAAUUACUCCUCUUCCUUUCUUCUCCUCCCUCUCCUUCUUUGUCCGGAGGCUGCCCCGUGCCCUUGCCUAGGCACACGGGCUGGCUAGGACCAGACUCCGGAUGGGAAAGACCCUGGGGCUCCAAAGGGCGUUUUAAUAAACCUCGGGAAUUCAA